AAAUUAAAUAUGCUGCGUAUAACCAAAGACAGUAGUUUCCACAGUGUGAGGAGCCUAUGUUCUCAGCUUUGAAAAUGCAUGACUCACUGAAUGUCUGUGUCCUUCAUCUUAAAAUGUUGUCUCGGUCAUUUAAAUGAUGAAAGGUUGAGAGCUGUACCUCUGGUGUAAGUCACAUUGCUGUGCUCAUAUGUGUAGAUUCUUCCCCUUCUCCAGAUAUUCUGAUCUUUUCUAGUGUGUGACCAUAUUUUUGGAAUGGAAAAAUGACUAAUUAACCACAAGAAGCAGUAUUUAUGGCCACUACCCUCAAUCUUGGGAACAAAACUGAAAUGGAUGUCAGCACAAACGUAAGUAUGGGUAACUCUGCUGCAAAAAGUGAAGCCAAGAAUACAGCUGAUCUUCCACAUGUGAAGGUAGAAGACAAUGUCUAUGAUGAACGUCACAUACAGAUACCAAACUCAGAUGCUGAGAAUUGUUUGAUCCAGGAUGCCUGCAUUGAGAAAGCUGCAGCCAUGGAUGGCAGUACUUUUGUGAACAGUGCUGAGCAGUCAGUAGAUUCUGCAGGACCAGAUCUGGAACGACAACAGAAACGAUGUCACUUAAUCACAUGUCCUCCUCAAGGGUUCCUUGCUAGUGUUGUCACAAAGGUUGUCAUGAUACUGCUGGUAUGGGGAGUGGUUUGGUCCAUAACUGGUGCAGAAUGUCAACCUGGGGGGAAUCUGUUUGGAAUUUUGUUUCUUUUGUUGUGUGCCGUGGUUGGAGGAAAACUCCUUGGAUUAAUCAAGAUACCCACACUGCCUCCCCUACCACCACUUUUAGGCAUGCUUCUUGCUGGCUUUCUUCUCAGAAAUGUGCCUGUUAUCAGAGAUGCUACCUAUAUAAAACAUCAGUGGUCAUCUGCAUUGAGAAAUCUUGCCUUGGUUAUUAUACUUGUUCGGGCUGGACUGGGCCUUGACCCAAAGGCACUGCGGAAGUUAAAGGCAGUCUGUGUACGGUUGUCUCUUGGACCUUGUUGUGUUGAAGCAUGUGCAGCUGCAGUUCUCGCUCAUUUCCUUCUUGGUAUGCCAUGGAUUUGGGGUUUCAUCUUAGGGUUUGUUCUAGGAGCAGUCUCUCCUGCUGUAGUGGUCCCAUCAAUGCUUAUUCUACAGAAAGAAGGAUUUGGUGUGGAAAAAGGUGUCCCGACGCUACUCAUGGCUGCAGGCAGUUUUGACGAUGUCCUUGCUAUUACAGGCUUCAAUACAUGCCUUGGUGUGGCCUUUUCUUCAGGUUCUACUCUUAACAACAUUCUUAGGGGUGUCUUGGAAGUACUAAUCGGUGUGGCAGCUGGAGCCAUUACAGGGUUCUUUCUCCGAUUCUUUCCAAGCAAAGAUCAAAAGAGCCUUUCUAUGAAAAGAGCAUAUCUCAUCUUAGGCCUUUCUGUGUUUGCUGUGUUUACCAGUUCUUAUCUCAACUUUCCUGGAUCAGGAGGGCUGUGCACCCUGGUAAUGGCCUUUCUUGCCGGAAUAGGCUGGGCAGGAAACAAGGGUGCAGUAGAAGAUAUUGUUGGUACCUUGUGGAAUAUCUUCCAACCCAUGCUAUUUGGCUUAAUUGGGGCAGAAGUCACAGUUGCUUCUCUUUCACCUAUCACUGUAGGGCUUGGCAUUGCCACAUUGAUGAUUGCUUUGACUGUAAGGAUAUUUUUCACUUUUCUGAUGGUGCAUUUUGCUGGAUUCAACAUGAAAGAAAAACUAUUCAUCUCUUUAGCGUGGAUGCCCAAAGCCACUGUUCAGUUGGUGAAGAAGAUAGAGGAGAUACAAAUGAACAGGAGCAAGAGAAAAUACAGGUACUGCAGAGCAGAUUUUAACUAUCAGUUUAUGAUCGACUCCAAGAAUAAAUCAGACGAGAAAUUCUGUGUACAGAUGAACGAGAUAACGGAAAGUCUUGUACAAAUACAUCGCAAUUACCUGGUCUGCAGUGAACACAACACUCGAACAACACUUAAAAAAACACAUGUAAUGUAUAAAUGAUGCGAACCAGAAAAACUGUAAAACAACUGUAGAAUAUAUUCUUGCCAGUUCACCAGAAGGAAAGCACUUUACGUGGGAGCUGCCAAAUCGUUAAGAAGCUGACACUGGCAACAAGGUUCUUCUGAUAUUUGCUUGUAAAAGCUCUGUGGAUAUGAAAUGCAUAACUGCAAAAAAAAAAGAGUACUGUAGAAAGUUUGUUGUAGAGGAAGUGUGGAAAUUUAAGUUUACACUGAAGCAGAAAACUCAGGUGACUUAGCAAUUAAGAUUGACAUUGUGUACUAAAAGAGUAUUUUGUCGCAAUUUUGUAAAUCAUAUUUUUACUAGAAGAGUGUGUUAAUAUAUUGCAGCAUUUCAUAAAAGCACCUCCAUACUUUUUUUGCAGUUUUUAUUUAUUUAUCUUUUCCAUAAUGGGCUUUCAAAUGUCUGUGCCCAAAGUUUCUUUUAUACCAGACUGUUUCCACAAUACAAUACAAUACUAUAUAUAUAUAUAUAUAUAUAUAUAUAUAUAUAUAUAUAUAUAUCUUAAUAUAUUAGAUUCUUUUUUGCGUUUUUAUCCUGGUUCCUCAGUUAUACCACACAAGCCCCUUGGUUGCACAGUCAUGACAUUAACAGUCCUCUCAACCCAGCCCCAAUGUUUGAUUAACAAGCAUGGGGGGGGGGUUCUGGCUUAGAGGAUCAUUGGUUCCUUUGUCCUUGGGGAAGGGAAACCACUAUGGCUUACUGCUUGGAUGAUGCCUAGCAAUAGCAGUGGAUGAUGCAGCCACAAGUACAAGCCUACCCUGCGCACACACACUACCUGUGGUGAACAUGGUCGUGAAACUGGCAACAUAAUAUGGCACUCACGGGAGCCACAGCAGGGAUUGCUGCAUGACAGAGGCUAGGCCACUUCACACUGCCUGAAGAUGGCCCACUCCCUAACACCCAACUCAUGCCAGAAAGGGAACAAAUGGGCUGGUUAUGCUCCCCAGGUUAUGAAUGGGCCAAUUGAUUGAAGAUAGUGGAGCCUUCGGGCAGGUCCUGUGAAGACAAGGGAUUGAGGGAGUGGAGGUAGAUAAAUUUGACUCCUUGAAAAAAAAGUUAAACCAGUAUUGUUUAAAGGAAGCAGAAAAAAAAAUGUCAGGUUUUAGUGCUUUGUUAUUAAAUCCUGUGAAACUAGGAUAUUAGUAUUCUUACUAAGCUUGACUAUAUGAGAUUCAAUAUUCAAAAUUGUGGCCAGUAAGACGACUUACCAGAUGUGCGUUUCUCUUUAGAGAAAACAGUGAAAAUUAAUGAUUGCAAAUUGCUUUUAUGCCUCUUUUCUACCUGCUGUGGUAGAGGGCUACAAAUGGGGGUGUGGGAGGGCCAGCAAUAAGUUUUCAUUAGGACUGGAAAGUAGCCCAAGAUGACUUUGUCACUUUGACUCUAAAUGGAGAUGGAGUGAAACUGACAAAUACUGUCAUUUCUUUAUGGUCUUCAAUUUCAUUACUACCUGUUAAGCAUCACAUUCUGAACAUUUAACAUGUUUUGUUCCGCUAAGGUAGCAAUGUAAGAGUGUGUGUGUGUGUUUAUUAAAGUACAUGAUAUAUUUUUUCAACCAUGUAUUCUGACUAUUUACAUAUUAGGGUUAUAUGGCAAGUGAUUGAUAAAACUUUCAUUGAGGACAAUUUCAUCAGUUGCAAAUUUACAGAAAACAAACUAAUCUAACUAUUCAAAUCCACUAGACUAAAAUCUUAGUUUGGGGGGCUGUGACCUCCACAUCCCCCUCUCUACAUAUAUACAUACGAGUGCCUUGUAUUUGGUCGACCAUUGCUUUGUUCAGUAACUGGAAGUGCAGGGUUGCUUGGUCAAGCAUAUAGUUUGUUGAACAGAUGUUUUGUCAGAUAUCUGUUGCAUCAAAAUAGGUAAGAGCGAUGUACACUAGGUGAAUGUGUGAGCGUAACUAUUAGGUAAGGGGGUAGAGUAAGUAUAUGGGUGAUUGGCAAUUGUGAACAUUUAGGGUUAGGUUAGGGGUUAGAUUUUGUAUGUGUGUGUGUAUAUAUAUAUAUAUAUAUAUAUAUAUAUAUAUAUAUAUAUAUGUGUGUGUGUGUGUGUGUGUGUGUGUGUGUGUAUACGCAUACACUCACAGGUGAGUGUCCAAGCUGUUUUGUGUAAUGGCAGUGUUAUGGGAAGAGCUUUUUUUUUUUUUUUUUUUGAGUUAAGAUACACAUUAGGAUUAGGAGAUAUUACUAAGGUGGAGCAGGGGCCACUGAUCCCUCAGAUAUGACUUGAAUGUGGUCAGGCUUCAGUAGUGCAUAGGAAAAGGCAAUCUGUUUCCUUUUUCAAUGUACUGAGUGUCUAUUUCUUUUAUUUUCGAUAUAAAAAGAAGUUAUGUACUCACCAUAACGUUCCGUCUGUGUUGUCCAUUUUCAUUCUUCCUCAAGAGUUGGAUUUCGGAUUUGACUCGAAUGUUAUUUUAGCUUGUGGCCAGCAAAAAAACUCUCAAGCUCCUCCCUUACCCAUAAUUCAACAACCCCUAACAUACUUCAGAUCUUGUUUGUUGGUUGACAUAAAGUAGGAAGUGCUAAUGUAAUAUUCCUGACAGAAGAAGCCAUAUCUCGAGCUCAACAUUAAACAGUGGUGUCCUUACAAACUCUUGCUCUUCCAGACAUCAGUUGUGAAAAGGGUUACAGGUUGGUGGGUGGGAAGUUGAAGAACAAUGAAAAUGGACAACAUACAUGCAGUUUUCCAGCUGUGGUACUAUAUACAUCUGAUGCAAGCAAGUCUUAAUCCUCUCCAUAAGGUGAGCAGGUCAGUGUUAGCUCUCUGUUCCCACUUCCCCUUUGCCUUCCCCUCAAGUAGCUGAGCCAGUUGUCAAACAUGUGUCAUUGGGGCAAAUACAAAGUUUUAUCCUCAGAAAUCAUGCAUUUGAUAGUGUCAUUCAUUCUAAACAGAUUUUUAUACUGAACAUCUUUAGUGCUCACAUUGCUCCGGUAGCCUUUCUUAUUUAAAGGUUAUGCACAUUUGUUCAAAAAUACAAAAAAGCUGCCUUUUUUGCUGGUUUACAAAGAAAUGUUAACAAAUGAAAUACCUAAAUACUUGAUAUGCUGAAUAUGUUUUAUGUUAUGAGCAACUUAGUGUAAUAUGGCCAGUACUGAUGCUGAAACAGAAGGAAGUUUCAUGAGAUGUGACAUUUAUCUGUGUAGUACUUAUUUAAUGUAUGUAGUAAUAAAUUUAUUACUGUAAUAUCUCAAA